UUAAUUAUUUUUUAGUAACACAUGAUAAAUCAAUAUAAAUUGCCUUUUCUAUCUUUUAAGCUUUUUAUUUAUUUGAGUGAGAAGGCUUCUUCAAAGAUGGUGUAAUAGACAUACUACGUGAAAUUAAUCAUCAUCACCGCCAUAUUGGUUGAUCAUACCCUCCUUUUCUCUCAAUCUUCAACCCCGCGGAGAUAUGCUCGGUCCAUUAUAUUCCUACGUCCAUAGUUGAAAUACACAGUCCGUGACAGAACCGCCGAAAACGACGACAAUAAAAUAUCUCUCCUCUCACGGUGAAACAUAUGGAACAUUAUUUAAAUGACAUUUCCACAAAGUAAUAUAUCAUUAAUACACGCACACCCACACACAAUAACGAACGCAUGUUUUCUUGCACUGUCUACGAGACUUAACUAUAAUUCUGCGAUUUACAGAUACUGAGUAUUCGUGCAUUUGUGAUUAAUGCAUGCGAUGCAUCUAAGGAAAUAAAAGACAUUACUAGUGUCAAAUUAAAAGUUUUGUCUCAUAAAUAUCUUGCUGUAAAUAAACAUUACAAAUAAAUAAUCUAUUGAAUUCUUUUCGUCGCCAAAUCAAUUACUUAUUUUUCUUACUAUCUUUCCGUAUAAAGACGCUAAAUAAUGAGUAUCUGUUCAUGUAAAACCAUAAAUAUUCGCUGAAGCAAGUCGUCACAUAUUAAUAUCCAAGUUUGAAAUGUUAUUUUUCUUUCGUUAUCGUUCUUUGUGUGUGCUUUUAAUAACAUCAUGCGUCCUAAGAUAUUUAUCAAAUGUAUAUUGAAGAUACAUACGCAACAAUCAUGUUCUAGAUUUUAAGCCAUAUUGUUUUGUAUAGAUAUAAUACAUGUUUAAUAGUAUCUAACACCGGUUCAUAUGCAGAAACUAAUAUUGAUUUGUUAGAAAGAGGUAGUUUUCCAUAUUUUGGCAUUCUUUCCCUUUCACUGUUAUGUCAAGAAUAAAGUUGUUAAUAAUAUAUAUAACCUGUGAUUUUUUCCAAAUCAUGAUGUGUAUAAAGUUGUCUACAAAAAUCACAAACAAAAUAAAAAUAUUUCUUGUCAUACGUUUAUUGCAGAAUCAAUGAAGCUAAUACAUUGCUGAAAUGCUUUUCAGAUUUUGCAAUAUUCUAUCAAUAAUAACGCAGCAAAACAUAUUGAUUAAAAAAAUACAUGAAGAUUUCUUCUAGCUAGUUAAUCAAUAUAAUCAAUAUAAAAAAGCAAGUUGAUAUUUCAUGCAUUUUAUUGUUUCUGUUUUUAGUACUACAACAGAAUAUUUUGAAUUCGUAUUUAACUUUAUAUUUAAAAUCUUUAACUAAGCGUAAGACACAAUUAAUUGCAAGUAACAGAUUGGUGGUUGUCCGUACUUUACUAGUAAUUCCAGACUUUAGAUGUACGUAUAUAAAAUCGAUGAGCCGCUGCUCUGCUAACGCACAUGCGAACUGUGCACGACUGCACACAACGAACUGAAACGACAAGGGUAAAAGAGCGUUAGAAAAGGGAACUGCGCUUGCGUGUACUUCUUUCUCUGGCAUCAUUUUACGAAUAUUUUACUGUGGGAACUAAACCACACGUUGAAAGUUUUCUUCUUUUCAUGUGAAGGAAAUUUCUUAAUAAUUGAGCACUUUUUUUGCGGAGACAGUAAAUUGUUAUUAAAUAGCUGUUACAAUUGCAUGAUGGCAUAUCAUGCACCAUCUUGCGUUUAUGCCAAUUUAAAUAAAUUAAAUAAUUUACCUGAACAUUAUAUACGCGAGGCGAGAGGAAAGUCAUAAAGCACUUUUGUGGUGUCCCCACCACUCAUUCUACCAAUGGAAGAAUGGCUAUAUAUUUUAUUUCGCAGUCAAAUGCGAAGCUUCAAUGACUGCAAAUAAUGAUCUGUAUUAAGAAGCGGUUCUUCAACUCGAAUCGGCUACUUCUGGUUGCUUUCGGCUUGUGGCCUAGCGAGGAAACGAUAUUCACCCGCUUUCAGGCAACAUUGCUUUGCAGUUUUCUAAUAAGCAGCAUUGUAUUUCAGCUCUCAAGACUUUUCAUUGCAGAAUGUAACUUUGACUUUAUUGUCAGAAUAUUCUCUUCCACGUCCAUCUAUGUCAUGAUCACGGGUCCGUCCAUCUUAUUUUGGAUGCACAUGAAAACCAUCAAAUAUAUACUCAACCAACUGCAAUAUAUCUACGACCGGCUAAAGGAUAGAAACGAAAUUGCUAUCUAUGAUAAAUAUGGAUAUAUUGGAAAACAUAUUACGACUAUAAUAAUAAUACUUAAUGCAUGCUGUCUAUGUGGCAGUUCUAUCAUGGUAUAUUGGCCGUUCAUUCUUGAUAUCGUUGUACCGAAGAAUGAGUCUCAUGCAAUUCAUACGAUGCAAUUUGUGACCAAGUACUUCAAAGUCUCAGAGAAGUAUUAUUUUUUAGUUCUUGUGCAUUUGAAUGCAGCCUGUACUACAGGGUUAAUUGCAUUUACAGGGGCGGGAACAAUGUUGCUUUCGUAUUUGCAGCAUAUCUGCGGUAUGUUUGAAAUUGCCAGCUAUCGUAUUGAACAAGCAAUGGCGAUCGAAUUGUUACAUACCUUUCAUAUAGAGAAUAGAAAUGUGAUAUGCAGGAAGAUGAUAUGUGCCAUAGAUAUACAACGCCAAGCUAUGGAGGUCGCUAAACAUUUGAUAACUAAUACGGAAGGAACAAUUUUCGUUUUGGUAGUAACUACUGUGCUUGCCAUGAGUUGCAAUCUUUUUCGAAUAUUUCAAAUAAAAUCACUUAUGGAGCAGAUGGGAGAGAGUUUAUUACAUCUUUUUGCUGUAUCUUUUAUUCUAAUACUCCUUUUCCUCUGCAAUUAUGUUGGGCAAGAAGUUAUAGAUCGUAGUAAUCACAUAUAUGUAAUUACAUACAACGUUGCAUGGUACUUAGCACCGUUACACAUACAGAAACUGAUACUGUUUCUAUUACAAAGGAGCAAUACAAUUUUCUCUCUGAGUGUAUUGUUGAAGCAAGCACAUUAUUGGAUUCUACAGGCUAGAAAAGGAUUCCUUUUUCUUUUACUAUACGAAGGAUAUUUAAGUUUUUACAUAUACGGACUAGCUAAUCGGUCGAAGCGGUUCUUCAACUCAAAUCGGCUACUUUUGGCCCCUUUCGGCUUGUGGCCAGUAAUGGUCUGUAUUAAGAAGCGGUUCUUCAACUCCAAUCGGCUACUUCUGCUCCCUUUCGGCCUGUGGCUUGGCGAGAAAACGAUAGUCACUCAUUUACAGGCAACAUUACUUUACAGUAUUCUGAUAAGCAGCGUUGUAUUUCAGCUCUCAAGACUUUUCAUUGCAGAAUGUAGUUUUGAUUUUAUUGUCAGAAUAUUCUCUUCCACGUCACUCUAUGCCAUGUUAACGAGUCUACCUAUCAUAUUUUGGAUUCACAUGAAAACUAUCACAUAUUUAUUCGACCAACUGCAAUACAUCUACGACCGGCUAAAGGAUAGAAACGAAAUUGCUAUCUAUGACAAAUAUGGAUACUUUGCAAACCAUGUUACGACUAUAAUAAUAAUACUUCUUGUAUGCGGCUUAUGUGGUAAUUCUGUCAUAAUAUAUUUGCCGUUCGUUCUUGAUAUCGUUGUACCGAAAAAUGAGUCUUAUGCAAUUCGUACGAUGCAAUUUGUGACAGAGUACUUCAAUGUCUCCGAGAAGUAUUAUUUUUUAGUUCUUGUGCAUUUGACUGCUGCCAGUGUUACGGGGGCAAUUGUAUUUACAGGGACAGGAACCAUGUUGUUUUCGUAUUUGCAGCAUGUCUGCGGUAUGUUUGAAAUUGCUAGCUACCGUAUUGAACAAGCAAUGGCGUCCGAGUUGUUACAUAAGUGUCAUAUAAAGAAUAGAAAUGUGAUAUGCAGAAAGAUGAUAUGUGCCAUAGAUAUACAACGCCAAGCUAUGGAGUUCGCUAAACAUUUGAUAACUAGUAUGGAAGGAACACUUUUUGUUAUGAUAAUAACUACUGUGCUCUGCAUGACUUGCAAUCUUUUUCGAAUAUUUCAAAUAGAAUCACCUAUGGAAAGGAUGGACGAGGUUUUAUUACACCUUUGGGCUGUACUUUUCAUUCUGAUAAUCCUAUUCCUAUCCAAUUAUGUUGGGCAAGAAGUUACAGAUUAUAGUAAUCACGUAUAUGAAAUUACAUACAACGUUUCAUGGUACUUAGCACCGUUACACAUACAGAAACUAAUACUGUUUCUAUUAGAAAGGAGCCACAAAAUUUUCACCCUGAGUGCCGGUGGAUUAUUUACAGCAUCUAUAGAAUGUUUUGCUACACUGGUUAAAGUAUCAAUGUCCUACUUCACCUUCAUGUACUCGAUACAAUAAUAACAAGCAGAUUGCUUGUUUGAAAGUAUAUUGGAAUAGAUAAAAGCACACGUACAUUUACAAAAUAUGUUUGUUUCUUUUGCAAUUGUUACACUUCCUAUAAAAUAAACAGACAAAAAUUGCAUUAGUUGAAAUACAUAUAUGUACGGUCAAUCACAGAAUCGACGAAAUCGAUGACAAUAGAGUAUCUCUGGCCUUAACUACAUGGGACAUUAUUAAAAUGAAAUUUCCACAAUAUUUUGAUAAAGAGUAUUCGUGCAUUCGUGAUUAAUGCAUGCAAUUAAGAAAAAACAGGAUAUCAAUGACUGAUGAAGAAUAUAAUUAAUUUAAUAAAGAAAAUUUGAAUGCAUGAUAUGAAGGAUGAUAGACAAAACGAGAUGUACUUGAUGAAAGAAAAAAAGAACGAAUGGAAUAAGAUUGAACACGUAAUACUGGAACAGUGAAAAGAGAUGCUAUAUGCUGUUUGAGACUCAACCUUUUUCGAGUAAAUCUCUCUAAUAUCAUUCUUUGAUGAUAUUAUGCGUCCUAAGUUAUAAUAUACGUUUAAUGGAUCUAAUCUAACACUGGUUCACCUAUAGAAACUAAUAUUAUUUUUGUUAGAAAGAGGCAGUGUACCAUGUAUUCUCUUUCCCUUUUAUUGUUAUGUCAAGAAUACAGUAAAAAUAAGUUAUAUAAGUUAAAAAUAAGUUGUAAAAAAUAUGUAUAAUCUUUGUAUUUCUUCCCAAAUCAUCUAAAAAGUUGUUUAUACAAAAUCGUAAACAAAAUAAAAAUAUUCGUUGACAUGCGU